GUCUCCGGUUGAGUUUCAGAACGCGAGCGUCAGACGGCCUGCUCCUCUGUGCUGUGUCUCCUGGAAACCAAGAGGAGUACCUGGCUCUGCAGAUCCACAAUGGACGCCCCUACUUCCUGUUUGACCCACAGGGCUGGGCAGUGGGAGUGGGAGUGGAGGGUGACGGGGGAAGGAGCUACAACGAUGGCCAGUGGCACAGCGUCAUGGCAACCAGGAAACAGGCUGUGGGAACGAUCAUUGUGGAUGAUCAAUACCAAGGUAAUGCAUCAGCCUCCAGCGGUAGUACCAUUAUAGGGGAGAACACAGGGGUGUUCAUCGGGGGGCUACCAGAGGACUUCACUCUACUCAGACAAGACUCAGGCGAUGCUCAGUUGGUACAACAGGCGUUCUCUGGUUGCCUUAGAGACGUGCAGGUGAAGAUGAUUGACAACCCCUCUGAGGUGUGGCAGCCUCUUGAUUGGUCCAGAGCCACAGAGAGGGUGGUGGCCUAUGAGAGCUGGGAGGGAUGCCCCGCCCACACAGAGGAGGGGGCCCACUUCUUGGGACAAGGGUUUCUAGAGUUGAGUAAAGAGGUGUUCAGUGGAGGAGAAGACUUUGACAUCUCCUUUGAGUUCAGGACGGACCAACUUAACGCUCUACUGCUGUUCUCCUACAACACACACACCUCUGAUUAUAUACUGGCUGAGUUGGAAGGAGGUAUGCUGUCAUUGGUUCUAUCCUGGCGUGGUCACAUGACCGAGCUGAGCAUGUGGGCGGGGCUUAGCUACUGCGACGGGGGCUGGAACCAACUCUCAUUGGUCAAACAGGGAGCUGUUAUCUCAGCCUCCAUCAAUGAUUGGUCAGAACAGCUGAGGGAGGUGGCAGGGGGGGAGUUAGGGGUGGACUCACCCCUCUACCUGGGAGGAGUGCCUCCUGAACUAAACCAUGGAGCUCUGGUUAGCCACAGUCACAGACAUGGUCUGGGAGGGUGUGUGAGGGGUGUAACAAUUCGGAGUGGUCCCAUUACCGGUUCCGGUGGUGUACCGGAUAUUUCUGCCGUUAGUCUGUCUGCCGCCACCCGCCGCUCUGUUAGGAUCAAUCUGGAUGGCUGCCCAGCAACCGACAGCAUCUUCUAUUGCCGUGGCAAUGACUCUGUACUGGUGUACACGGGCCGAGAGACACAGGCCAGUGACCUGGGAGUACAGCCUUUUACAGAGUACCUGUACAGGGUGGUGGCAUCGGGAGAGGGGGGAUGGACCACAGGACCCUGGGAACGUGGGCGCAGCCGGGAAACAGUCCCCCAGAGUGUUGCCCCUCCCUCUAGUCUCCAGAGUGGGAGUGGCUUCAGUGUCCAGGUGAGCUGGGCCCCACCCCUCCAGGUGAGAGGAGUGAUUGAUAGGUACGAGCUGAGGGCCUACGACCUGGAUCAUCCUGACUCAACACCUGUUACUGCCUCCUACCUGUCAACUGGUAACCACACAAGCCUGUUGGAGGGUCUGACUCCGUUUACACGCUACGUUGUCACGGUUACAGCGUGCACCCGGGCUGGCUGUACCGAGAGUCCCCGUGAUGACAGUAGAGAUGGAGAUGGGGGGUGGAGCAUCAACACUCGGGAAGAGGUUCCAGAGGAUGUGUCCCCUCCCAGUGCUGUGUCGACCCCCUCCUCUCUGGCUGUGUCCUGGGGUCCCCCUGCCAGACCCAAUGGCCUCAUCACUGACUACCUGCUAUACCACAAUGGACAACUACUCUACCAAGGGAACAACACACACCUCAAUAUCACUGGUUUAGGUGUGUAUUCUCCCCAUGUGUUCGUGCUGAGUGUGUGUACGGCGGUGGGCUGCUCUAACAGCUCCCAGGUCACCCAGCUCACCUCCCAGCAGCCACCUGGAGACAUGCAGCCUCCCAUCCUCACCGUGCUAGACUCCCGCACCGUCUACAUACAGUGGUCUCGUCCUGAGCAGGUGAAUGGUGUGUUAGAGUUCUACAGUGUGUACCUGUCAGUAGAAGGGGAGGAGCCAGUGUGUGUGUAUAACAGCUCUGAACUGUUUGAAGACCACACCCUCCGUAACCUGACACCAGGCACCACCUACAGCUUCACUGUAUCUGCGUGUACGGGAGGAGGCUGUUCCGUCAGCCCCCCUAGCGAGGCUCACACAGAGGAGACCACCCCUGAAAACAUCCCUGCCCCCUACGUCACCCCUCUCUCCCCCCACGCCCUCAACAUCACCUGGACACCCCCAGACACACCCAACGGAGUGAUCAGCAGCUAUGGAGUGUGGAUGAACGGUGUGCUGGUCCAGAACUCUUCCUCCCUGUGGUUCUCUGUUGACCACCUGUCUCCCUGGAGUCUACACAGCUUUAGAGUACAGGCCUGCACCUCACAGGGCUGUGCCCUGGGACCACUGGUGGAGAGGCGAACGUUGGAGAUGGCCCCAGUAGGUCCCGUGGUGCUGGAUGUUGGUAGUGAAGGACCGACCUCUCUCAGGGCCAAGUGGAGCCAACCAGCCAAACCUAAUGGGAACAUCACCUAUACUCUACUGUACUCACACACAGGUCCAGGUCAUGAUGAUGGUGAUGAUGAAGGUGAUGGUGAUAGUGUGUAUAAUAGUAGUGAAGCAGGAAGGUGGGUGUCUGUUGGAGGUCUCCAGCCCUACUCUAACUACAGCCUGAUGGUCCGGGCCUGCAACACUAUGGGGUGUGUGGACAGUCUACCUACUGCUGUCUCCAUGCUCCCUACAGAUCAGAGAGGGAGCGCUGACUCCUGCCACUCUCUAAGACGAGAAGAGACGGAGGAUGUUGUCUUUCAUUCAGGCCACAAGUCAUCAUCUGGGGCACAAGCUGAGCUGUCUGUUCUGGUGGCCCGCAGAGAGCCCAGAGGGACAAAUGACACAGUGUCGUCCUCUAUGUCUAAGGACCAAGGGGAUUGGUGA